UCUUAUCUUAUAUCAUUUGCAUGCUUUUUGCUGGAUAUAUGAAACAAAAAAGAUGUCUAAAAUUGAAGAGUCUCGCUUCCCGUCGUCUAUAUAUACCCUGUAGAACCAAAUUUGUGUGAUGGAAUCAGAGUCACAGAUUCGUUUCUAGGGGAGUAUAUGGUCGAUGAAAAAACUUCGAUUCCUUGAGUUAUGGGCGUCUGAGGCUGUUGAGGGCCCAAAGUGUUGCUACAGUGAUAGCGCUGGUAAAUCUUAACAGCACAUUACUCACAGAAACUCUAUAUGAUUACGAUGAGAGCGAAUAAUCUGAUCAGGAAAGUGUCUGUUUUGGACUUUACUGUUUCUUUUUUGGAGUGAGGCUCCAAAUGCAUUUAGUAAAAGAAGCUGCAGCCCGCUCCAGCUGUGGCUUUUGGCUCCUGUGUCUCAACAUUAUUGAUUUGCAGAGAGGAGUGCUGUUGCUGCCGCUGCCCAAUAGGAGCCUGAGACAGUUUUUUUUUUAAAAAAGAGAGAGGGAGACAGGGGCAGAUGAAGGGAUGAGAUUGGCGUAACUUUUGGAUGACCCCUUCAUGACAAAGACACUGUCCAUCAAUUGUCCCCAGUCAUUAUUUCACUGCUUUUAUGCCAAGGGGCUUUUUGUAUCUUUUGUUGCUUCCUCUGUUGAACACCAUGCCUUCAAGAAACUGAUCUAUCUUUAUGUAUAUAUGUAUAUAUAUACAUAUUUGGAUACUUGGAUAAAACAUCCACAAAAACAUCCAUAAAACAUCCACAUGUAAGAUUUUUUUUUAAUUAUUCCUCUAUGCUCCUUUUCUCAUAACAAUACAUGGAUUUGAAUUUGUGUUUUUCGUGCACGUGUAACUUUUAGUGUUUAUUUCCCUGUCGCUGUGCAGCAGAUUGAUAUGUUUGUUUAUUCUCAUGAGUCUUAUCUAGGUGUGUCUUCAUUUAGGCAAAAGCGCGUUCAGUUGUAUGUUUACUCGUGUUUGGACCCGCAUCACCUCCAUUGGCCGCUCUGGUCACAUGGUUCGCUAACUUUAUUCAGUUGACACCAAGUAGGAGGGCUCUAUGGAGGAGAGGAAAAAAAGACAACUCGAGAAAAAUUAGUAUUUUCUACCUUCAGAAAUUAAUGGCCAUGAGUUCGUAUAUGGUGAACUCUAAGUAUGUGGAUCCCAAAUUUCCUCCCUGCGAGGAAUACUCGCAGAAUAACUACAUACCUGAGCAGGGCUCGGACUUCUAUAGCCCGGCGCAGGACGCGGACUUCCAACACCCAGGGAUCCUCUACCCGCGGUCAAACUACACAGAGCAGCCGUUUAGCUGCAGCACUGUGCCGGACUCUGCGGUGCAGCCACGGGGUCACGCCGGCCACACUGCCCACUUUGACGCACAGACUGAGCAGGGCCCCCCGGUCCAAACGGCCGGAGCUCGGACUUGUGGCCAGCAGCAAAACGCAAAGAGUCAAAAUGGGCUCCAAGCCAAGCAACCUGCAGUAGUUUACCCCUGGAUGAAGAAAGUUCACGUAACUACCGUGAACCCGGACUACACGGGAUCAGAGCCCAAGCGCUCCAGAACCGCAUAUACCCGGCAGCAGGUCCUGGAGCUGGAGAAGGAGUUCCACUUCAACCGGUACCUGACCAGGCGGCGGCGGAUCGAGAUCGCCCACACACUCUGUCUGUCCGAGAGGCAGAUCAAAAUCUGGUUCCAGAACAGGAGGAUGAAGUGGAAGAAGGACCACAAGCUGCCCAACACCAAAGGCAGAUCGGCGCCGGCCUCCGGCCAUCUGCAGAACAUUCAAAAGGAUAACCAGACUGAUAUAACAGCGCUAUAAAGGACAGAGGAGGAGGAUUCAGGACGAAUAUUUGUACAUAAACGAAGACAAAGGCUGCAUUUUGACUUCUGCAUGGACUGAUGUCGUUUGAGCAUUAUUUUUCAAUUUAACAAAAAAUAUUCCAGCAAUUUUGACUCAAGACUGUGUCAGAAAAUCAAUCAUUUUGUAUUACUGAGAGGUUUCAACUUUUCUUUUUUUGCAUUUUAGUUUUUUUUAAUUAUUAUUUUGUUUUAUUGAUUUCCUCACAGUCAGAAAAACAGUAUUUUUCUUUAUCUGGACAAUUUUUUAUAUAAAACCCGUUCAAAUUCACAAAUUUAAACCUUUUUUCCCCCUCUCACGUCAAUUUUACGUCGCCAUAUAUAUUUUCUUAUUUUAUUAUAGUGCAGCAAUGGGGAGAAUAGAUACAAAAUUCCACAUAUUUUGUUUCACUUUUUCAUCCACGAAAACGCACAACUUAGGUACUUGAAGAAAACGAUAUUUGCAUAAACACUCAUUGACCUUUCUUUGCAAAAAAAAAAGCAACUUUCUUUUCGUAACUUGUUUGUUUUAACUUAUUUUGUAAAAAUGUUCGUAGCUCGUAUAUUAUUCUCAGACCUAAGACAUUCCUGCGCGUGAAGGAUUCCGAGUGCCCUUAUAAAUCUCUCCUGACACCUUUGUAAACAGUGUACAUUUUCAGAAAACUCUCACGUGAAAGAUCAUUUGUUCUUGCAUGGCACCAAAUCUGUAUUUCUUUCUGAGCAUAUUCCCAAAUCCUGAAUAUUUAGGAAUAUAUAUCUUUGUUUUCCUUGAUAAUUCGUUAUUUAUUUGAUGAAAGAAAAAAAAAAACAUUUUCGCGUAGCACACACUUUCAUUAAAAACACUUUCGAUCAAAGUUAGUUUUUUUUUUAAUAUAUAUAUAAUAGGUUCGAUUCUUGUGCAUUUUCAGCAUGGCUUUCCACAAACUUUUAGAAUUUAGUUACAGAUGAGAAUCUUUUAAAAACCAAACCAAACCGAGGGCGAAGAGGGACUUCUUUCAGGUUCUGUUUCCAGGCAGAUAAUUCUUGUUUUAGACCGCCAUUGUCCUCGGACAACAAGGGGAAAAAGACCCAGAAGUUUUCCCAGUAUGAAGGUCUCUUUUCUGAAGUCUUCCUCAACAGAGAGCUGAAAAGGUAUUAGAAUCGAAGAGCGACAAAAGCAGCAGAGGCAGGUUCAUCCAGGGGACACAUUUCAGCCGCAAGGACUGACCCCAGCACCCCCUGACCCGCCGGACAGGCAGCUUUUUCUCUCCCAGGCGCUAUUUUUGUUUGGAUGGGGGGAAAAAGCCAGUUGGACAGUUUAAAACAAAGCUAAACCUGAUUCACAGUAAAGGGCCAGUCAGUUCCACAGUCCUACUCGUAUUUUAACAGUAUUUAUAUUACCGCCCCUCCCUCCCCCUGUCGAGAAGGCUCUGAUGUGUAUUUUGUCGUGUUGCAUUAAUCAAUAUGCAAUUUUUUUCAUCAAUUUUUAUUUUUGUAAAUGCUUUUUACCUUGUACGGUGCUUUGAAAUGUGAGAAGUAUAUAAAAAUAAAGAUUUCUACUGAUUAUUCAUUUGAA